AUGGCAGCACCGUUCGCUCGCGCAGUUUGCGCUUCACUUUCGGUCAAAGGCGCCACUCAAUGCGCCUGCCGUCGUGCCUCACGGCCACGGAAAGUGCAGGUGCGGUGUUUGAGUAGCACCCCCAGCUACUUCUCAGGUCACUCAAAAUGGGCGACCAUCAAGCAUGACAAAGCCAAAAACGACGCCGGCAAGAGCAAGCAACGCUCCCUCAUGACCCGCGACAUCACCAACGCCGUAAAGCUAGGCGGCCCGAACCCUGACAUGAACGCCCGUCUCCACCUCGCAAUCUCUAUCGCAAAGAAGAGCGCCGUACCAAAAGCCUCGAUCGAAGCCGCCAUAGCACGAGGCCAAGGUCUCUCAGCCACCGGCGCAGCGCUUGAGAACCUUACCCUCGAAGCUAUUCUCCCUCCCUCGAUUGCCACCAUUAUAGAGUGCCAGACAGACAACAAGCUGCGCGCGCUGGCAGAGCUGAGGCUGAUUGUUAAGGAAGCGGGUGGUCAGGUUUCGACAGUUGGCUUCAUGUUCGAGAAGAAGGGCAGGAUAAUACUCAGGAAGAAGGAGAAUGUUGGUGUAGACGAGGUGCUUGAACCUGCGCUGGAUGCAGGUGCGCUGGACGUGUUCGAGGACGAGGAGGGCCGCGUGGUAUUGUUCACUGAGCCGGCACAGACCAACAAGAUUGCUGAGUCGCUAGCAAAGGAGCUGGAAAUGGAGAUCGAGGAGAGUGAGAUUAUAUUCGACCCUAACGAAGACACCAAAAUCCCGCUCGAUGACGAGGGGGCGGCGAAAGAACUGAGUGAGCGCUUCUUGGACAAGCUGCAGGACGUCCAGGGGAUACAGGGCGUAUACACGAACUGGAGCAAAGGAGCGAUAUCAGACGAGAUUUGGGAGGAACUGUCGAGCAAGGUCGCUGUAUGA